UUUGUAUUUAGCUUGUUUAAAUGUCAAAUUAAGUGUAAUACAUUUAAAUAAAAUACUUAAACCUAAGUACAAUUAAGUACAUACAUACUUUGAUACUUUAUAUUUAUGUUAGUUAUUAAACGCAAAAGCACCGGGACGUUUGCAUUUUUGACAACAAAGUAAAGGAAAAUGACAAAUAUGAUCCCCACGAUGUGGCCCAUCACGCUUACAGAACCGAACCUUGGGAAACGUCAGCUUCGACUCAACAGCAUGGUCAAUGAAGCUUACGAAAACAGUAUUUCAUUUGCUGAAAUUCAGAAUUUACCAGAGAAGUCUCCAGUAGAUAGAUUAUUCAAGAUAGACAUGGCGUCCAAACUGCGAAACGUAGACUUCAUAAUCCAAAACCUCCGAGACGAGGAUAUGUUGUAUGUGAGUCGAGCACUGAAGUCGAAGUGGUUGUUGGACCCUGCUCAUGAGGCUAUGAUGACGCCCCAGUGGUUGGAAGAUGAACUGUUUCCUACAAUGUUUACAACGGCUGUCAGCAAGAUGAAGAACUGGUUAUAUUUGAAUCUCAAAGAUGAACUACGUUGUCAAAAAUUCUAUCAGUUCUACAAAGAAAAAGAAUUUCGUUAUGCUAUGAAAUUUUUCGUACAUUGUUCUCAGGAUUACAUAAACAGUGAAGUCCGUGAGAUCUUGGGACGUUUGUCUCCACAGCACUUUAAAAUCCUGUGUGAGAAGUGCCCGCAGGUUGCGGAGAUGUAUUUCAAUGAAGUUCAUAGCGAUGACGAAAUACUAACAAAAUUCUUGGAUAACCAACAAGCUUAUUAUAUAGGCUUAAAAGGUAUUUUAAAACAGGAUCCAACUACAUUUUUCAAAAUAUCAGAAGAGAUUUUCGAGAAGAAAUAUAAUCCUUCGCUGACUAGAUACAUCAUGAAACAUCACAGAGAUAAGUUCAACAGAAAGCCUGAGCUCUAUGCAGCUCUGUUGCUGCACACCAAGACAUUAGCUCAGUGUCUGAGUGCCGAGGAGUGCAAGCAACUUGUUCUUAGGCUAGCUCGGGCUAAUUAUCUUAGCUACUGGUUCACCUACAGCAAUGUGGAACCACUAAUCAAGAGACUGAAGCCUGAAGAACGAGCUUCCUUUAAGAAACAAGUAUUUGUGAACAAGGAUGUGGGUACUAUUGUGGAAGAAUGGCCGUACAAGGUUCCUACUAUCCCUAAACAAACACACGAUAGUGGGAACCAUGUCUUUGAUGAUGAAAUUUUAUCGACACUAGCUGAAAUAAGUUACAAGAAAUGUUUUUUGUCAAGUAAGUGUCGCAUGGAGUGUGCUGCCAUGCAGUGCAUGCCGAUUCGAACCUACUUAGAUCAGCUCUUUGACGAAUAUAGAUUUACUGGUUUCAGUAAGACAUUCUAUGAAAUAUCCAAAAGGAUAAAAUCUGAAAGCACAUACAAAAACCGUGAAUACAUGAUGCUUGUUCUGGUAAGUAAAACUGGCGGCAAACCGGAAUGUGUUGCUUCGCUCUUAGAGCUGUUACGGCAGCACAGUAACGAGCCAGCCAACUUGAAGGCUGCAGUGGUCAGAAGCCUUGUGAAGCGUGCUGCAGUGUGGCGUCUACCGCAGGACACGUGGGAGACCCUAAUGGUGUUCGCACAAGGACUAGGUCUCAACGGAGGCCCCGCUGAAGCCGAGUGUCACGAAGGGUUGCACGCCGUUGUCAUGCGGCAGCUGUUGGACAGCGGUGAUGUGGAGGCUCCCGUGCGCGAGGCUUUUCUGAAGAAUUUCUCUCUGUUCGACCAGUACUCCAUGAAUGCUGAUGAACGCCAAGUGAUUAAAGAGCGACUUCCCAAUCUACUACUAGCUGCAGUUGACGCAGAACCAGAUCCCCAAGUUCGCGCCGGGCGCCUUUGUCUGCUACUGGACACUCUGCAGACUUACAAAGUUCCGGUGGAAACGACAGCCCUGAUCCCUGCUGUAACGCAUCUAGCGGAACUCGACUCCUCUUCUGCUGAAGGUAUACUGCGGCGUCUCUUUGAUGCAAAGAUUGCUCGCCGCAUGCUAUUCCGCGAGAAUUUUACUCUGAUCCAAACUGAUGAGUCUUACCUGAAUGCCCUGCGUCAUGACACUUCUGUUCUAGACGUGAACAAGUUUGUAGAAUUAAUUGAAAGAAAAAAAAUGCGUCCUGAAAAGUUUCUGAGGAAACUGUCGAUAUAUUUCACAGAAAGAGGUGGCCUAGCCGAUGUGUACCUUGCAUCCUUGAGGGGCCGUGUGGUGGCGAAUCCCGAGGUGAAGCAGUCCCUGGCACGGCCGCUGUGCAUCCUGCAAGGAGCAGAUCUGACAUUCCUCAGAGGACUCGACACGAGUCAGAAGCACACCGCGCGGUUGGCGGCAACUGUUAGAUGUAACAUGCAUGUCGGCAGACGCAAGCUCCGCCUGGACGAGACGAGCUUGACUGAAAUCGGCCCCAAGGCCGCGGCCAACAAGCUUCUAUCGUGUCCAGCGUCGCAAGUAGACAGUAACGUGCGAUUGUUGCUUCAGUGUCCACGUACUGUUAGAUUAGCUUUAAUAUUGGCUGAAAGAAUUGACAAAGAAUUUGAGGCUUUUGUUACGGCAUCUUUUCUAAGACCUGCAUCUAUAGUAAUGUCUGCCAUAAAGUAUUUUAAACGUGCUGGUUCUUCGGUCGAUAUUCGUGUUUGGACCACGGUUAAGCCUAUUAUAGAAAAAACAGAUUUUUCUAAAUAUGUUCGGAGGAGCCCCCAUGAAUUUAUAGCAGAUAUAAAAUUCAUUCCACCAAAAAUUCAACCAGAAUACUUCGUCACUAUUAUCCAGACUCUAAAAAUGCUCAACUACUUACCUGCGCUCUCACACAUGUACUCACUAGUGUUGAACCUUAAUCAAAAUUUUGUUGAUCACACGCUGUUGGAGUUCCUUGAUCGAUUUUCUUGCGUUUCGUCAAAAGACACAGAAAGAAAGCUUAAGGUUACAAAGCGAUAUAUCCGUAUUUUGAUGAAAUAUUUACUUAUGUGUAAGUCUGAAGAAAUACAAAAGGAGAGGUUUGAAAAAUUAGGGUAUCCAUUUUUGAAAUGUCUCGAGUCAGUCAACAGAGAGCACGAAGAUGUUAUUUUCGAUUAUAUCGGCGUUAUGUUAACGUGCAUUCGUUGCAACGAAAUUUUCGAUCCCAGCUAUGUGUCUCCGCUCCCAAUUUUGGACAAAAUUAUUUCUUGGAUGAAUCUCACUUUCCCUAUCGAAAAACAUUUAAAAUGGCACUUGUCGCUUCACCUCACGAAAUCGUUCUAUAGAGCCGUGAAGCAAAGUGUUGUGGAUGCGCCUUGUGUUUUCGAGGAUGAAAAACGAAAGAGAACAGAAGGAGUCGACCUGGUGGGCCGAUUGUUCGGUCGGCUAAUAGCAGCCGACAUUGAGGAAAUGACAUCGAAGUAUUUUGAUUCAUUUGCCAUAUUGUACCAACAACUGUUAAUCGAGUAUUAUUCUGAUCAAUUCGAGUACAGUAAGUCGCUGACGGAAUUCAUGAUCUCGGUGAUGAAAGGGAUCUCAGAGACAAACAGAACCGGUGGAGUGGUCGCCUUACGUUUCUAUAACGACAUAAGACUGAGGUACUGCAUAGAGGAAGACAUCAACGCACAUAUACUGAAUGAUUUUAAAUUGAAAAAUGACAAUGAAAUCAACUUCUUUAUGUUCGGUGAAUGUUACACAUCUUUUUAGACGGAUAUUAACCCUUUGACUGUCGUGUAGUUCACCAGUGCCCUCCGUGGCGCACUGAUGUAAUUAUGUCGAUCUCUGUCCGAAGGCGCCGGAAUAUUUAGUAGACUCGGGAAAAGACGAAUCCGAAGAUACCUACUGAGCAUGAAUCUAUUUCUAAGAGACCUAAAAGACUAAAACAUACAUUAAAAAUACAAGAAGACAAAGGAAGGGAAUCCAGGCGCUUAGUAAUAGAAUUACAACAAAUAAUUACAACAGUGCGCCACGAAGGGCCCCGGUGACCUACACGGACGCUAAAGAGUUAAAAGAUUGAUAUCAACAUAUUAUGAAGUGCAUUUCUUGAACAGUUUUUAUUUAAUUUUCUAACAUUUUGUUUAAUUUAAAUUAUAUAAUUUAUAAUAUAAUUUAUCCAACGGCAUUAUUCUUGCUCCUGUUACACAUGAGGGUAAUAUGUUUUUUAAAAUCUGGCCAGUUUAAACCAAAUACGGAAAUGUGGAUCUCAUGAUGCCGAUUGCGAUGCAGGCAUCGAGCUGGUUGCGGGGGGAGGGAGGUUGUGGGGGUACGCCAAGCAAGCGCGUCGGUCGUCGGUAUGUGAUUUGCAACCCAAUUGAGAUACUAUUUUGGAAGGUUUAACGUCCUCGUAAUGAGGACUCCAUUGAGCGGUUGGUGGUGCAAGGGAAAGUCUCUCAAAGAUGUCCAACACGAUGGUCGACCUCAUAAAAUCUGUGACUCACUCCAACAUAAAUGAUUGCUCUCACUUUGCGAAACAUCGUGCUAUAUGGCGUCGCAUCGCGAGAGCAUCGGUAUCGCAGGAUCCGACUGAUGCAUGACCACGACCACUCUGUCAAGAGUGUACGAAUAGGAAGGAAGGAACGUCGAAGAGAAGAUCUUACCGAUCGAGUGAUAUUGCUCGGUAGACCAACAGUCCGAAUGUUGUUGUUCGCAACUUGUAUAUAAGCAAGCUUAUCUUGACAAUGUCGUAAGCGAGAAUGAGGCAUCUGUCAAAUAUCUGGUGUUCUGUGAUGACUACCGCCAGACUAUCAAAUUGUAACAUUUAUAUGCAUGUGUAUAUUUAAUUUGGUUUACUUUUUCUGUUACUUUAAUUAAUUUUUGAUUGGCUUGAUUUUUUGUUUUGCUCGUGAUUUAACAUGUUUUUAUUUUUGAAGACCUUUAAUUGGUUUUCUGUUUGUAUCUGCUGUUUUUCUAGGCCUGGUCUUGCUUUUUUACACAAAUAAUAAAAAGGUUUAUAUUU